AUGGCCGGAAUGUUCAAUACAUUCCUCGCGAACAAGUCGUUCGUAGCGUCGAGAUGCUACAGGCACUUUCUUUCUUCCGCGAAGCCCCGCGCUCGCACCUUUCGCCCGAUCCUCCCCAGCCAGAGGAGACAUAUAUUCAGCUUCCCAACUAUUCGACGGGUGACCGAAACCAACACUGGGAAGCAAAAUGACACUUCAGAAUAUGGAUCGAAGGCUAUGGUACAGCUGGUACAUGCCCUGGAACAACAAUCGCGGCCUCCACCUCCUUUCAUUCUCGCGACGGGAUUCAUGCGGUUUAUAGACAAAAGGCUCGGUCAAGAUACGUUGACUCGUUAUCAAGCGGAGCUCCUUUUGCGCACCUUUCAGCACCUUUUAAGUGUCCCUUCAAAAGAUCCCCAAGGCUCUCUACGAGAAUUUUUAGAGCUCGAAAACUUUGAAUAUACCUUGGAAGCACUGGCGCGAGCAGACUUCACUCCAGAUGCCGCCGAGCUGGUUAAUGACUUGGCAAGAAAUGUCAUGGGACAGAUACGUCGAAUACGUGCGAGGACUCCAGAGGUAACUCCGGAGCCUAGUCUCGAAGCCUUCACGUCGUACAUCACCGUUCUCUCUUCCACUGGAUUUUCCGCCGAUGCAUUAAAGCUGACCAUUUCCUAUUGGAAAUCUACGCCAGACCUGAACAAUGAAUUAUCACCUUGGGCUAGUAUCAUAAAAGGAUUUGCCAAAGAAGGCAGACGUCUAGGGGCCGAACAAAAUACCCCGUCGAAGACCACAAUGGUGCUGAGGAAGAUGGAAGAAUGCGGUGUUACAUUGAAUAUGGAGCGCCAGGAAAAAUUGAUCUCCAUGCUAGUCGAUGGAAAUUAUUUCCACGCAAUCAAAACCGUGGCGGAGCUUCCUAUCGAAAAGUCAACAGCCACAAAUGUACAUCUACUCAAGUUCGCGCUUCGGCAUGCUAUGUACUCGUGGGCUGCAACAAUAGUCAGUUCAUUUCCAACACACCCAACUCCAGAAACUAGAGAUGCACUGCUUCUCUUUUCCUUUUUGCGGGGACGUUCUUCAGGCUCAAUUUGUAAACAGCUGGAUGAAAUGGCCGCAAACAAUCCAGAAAUACGAACUACAAUGACAAUUGACACGGUCAACAUGAUAAUCGAAUAUGCGAACCUACACAAGGAAGCAGAAAUUGCCCAACAGGCUAUACAAGUGGCACAGGCAUUGGGUCUAACUCCUAACGCUAGAACGGCUGUGCUACAGAUACAUUCACUGGUCCACUCGGGACAAAUUAAGGAGGCCGCGGAAUUGUUCCAAUCACUCGGCCCGGAAGUGGAAUUUGACUUAUCCAACGUUGAGUUCUUGAACGACUUCAUCAAGAAACUCUGUAUAGUGGAAAAUUCGUCAAUCGAUUUUGAUACCGUUAACACUCUUGUGGAUAUUUUGCAAGACGUGGGUGGCCGAUUUGACUCGAUGACCCUCAGCACUCUUUGCAAAGCUUUACUACACCGAGGCGAUUUAGAGGGUGUAUCUACUUUACUCCGGCCAAUUAUCGACACUUUCGACCCGUCAGAACUUCAAAAGAUCAGGUUGCCUUUCCUUGAUUAUAUCAAAGAUACCGAUCAAACAGUCGACAGCGCAUGGGAGGUGUACGAGCUUUUGAACUUGGCUAUACCUACAACCCCUGUUUCAACUAGGACGAUGAUCAUGAACGUGUUUUUUGACCGUCAGAGAUCCGAUCUUGCCUGCUUAGUUUUCGGUCAUAUGCGGCAAAAGGGCGACCCUAAUAUCCGACCAACAUCUUAUACCUAUGCUCGCUGUUUCCAAGGGAUUGCAAAGUGUGCGGACCCAGACAGUUUGCAAUUGGUCCACAAUAUGCUAAAACUUGACCUUCAAGUUGCUCCAACCACCAAGAUUCGCAAUAGCUUAAUGCUGGCCUAUGCCGCCUGCGGGUUAGCGGAUCAAGCGAUGAGAAUUUUCAGAGACAUACUUCACUCAGAAGAAGGCCCUUCUGAACGAACGCUAGUUGUGUUUUUUAGAGUCUGUGAAUCUUACGGCAACGGCCGGGAAGAGGCGAUUAAAAUGAUGGAGAAGCUGAAAUCCAUGGAUAUACUUAUCAAUAAUGACGUCUAUAAUGCAUAUAUUGGCGCUCUUGGAGGGCAUUGUGAGCUGGAACUCGCAGUCCAAGCUAUCAAGCAAAUGGAGUCACAAACCGGCUCCACACCAACUACGCUCACGCUUGUAAACCUCUACAACUCAAUACCGUACCAAUUCUGGAAAGAUCAGGCCGAAGAAUGGGCACAAGUCGCGUAUCCUGAACUAUGGAACACAAUAAAACGGUCCGGGCGAACGACAGACGAGGACGGUAUACAACAUCUGAAUAUAGAUAGGUCGGUUAAGGCUUAG